CACAUGCAACAUUGCCCCACUGUAAUGCAAAAUUUGUUACACCUUUAUAAAAGAAGGACCCCAUAUACUAAGGCUGGCAUAAUAAUAUUCAAAGUGGUCCCGCGAGGACUUCCAAACAUACCAUGAUUAGAUCGGUGCUACUAUUUUCAACAAUAUGUGUGGUCUGCCGAGGAUCAGGAUUGCCAGUAGCGCAAGUGCUGCCUGUCAGCCAAGUCCCCGCCCAAGUGGGGCCGCCCACAGUCCUCGCUCAAAGCUCCCAGUACUUCCAGAGGACGUUCAACCGCCUAGUUGCCGCUCCCGGGGUGCUUGAGGCGCCGGUAGUGCCGGUGGCCGAGCAUCCCCCGGUGGUACCUGAGCCGCCGGCCACGCGCCCCCCCUCACCUCCGGCUCCAACACAACCUGUGUUCCUGAAUGCACAACCAAAUGUGGCAAUAGCAGUAGCCACCGCCCACGCUGCUGCCCCGGUAGCCACAGUUCUUCUUCCACCUUAUCCCUUUGGACUACCACCCGGCUUCACGUUCCCUAUCAACGUGGUCCCUACCGAGGAGGAAGAGACGCCGAGAGACCCUGAACCCACCACGACCACGACUCAGAGAGCACCUCCACAGCAGCCGCAGCCAAACCCGGCUUCAUUGAACUUGGAAACGUUUUCACAAGGACUACCUUCGAAUCAGAACGGAAACUUCAAGCAGUACUAUGCUCCACCAAUCCAACAAAUUCCUCUCGAGAUGACUCCGCCAAAACCUAUAAAACUGAAGACUUCGGUGGAAGUUGUGCCAGUUCCUUUGCAGUACAUUGCUCCUCCACCAAUAAGAAGCCAGCCGAUAAGACAUAUCCACACAUUUGUCCCAACUAAAGCCAGGAUCAUAAUUAGGCCUGUGGUCCACCGACCAGCGAGAUUAGUCAUUUACAGAAGACCAGUGCCUUCAUCAAGGAACGUCCCAAGAAUAGCCCCAGUGAUGAUGCGAAGAAUGGCAAAUAAAGAUGCAGAACCUACUACGGUUAGACCUUUCGAUUUGCCUACCACAAAGCCUCCUAGAGUGUAGACAUAAAGGUUAUGAUAAUUGUUUUAAAACUGCCACUUGUUAAUACUGCAAUUGUAAAUAUAGUAAACAUCAGUGUAAAUAAACGGCGCACCUAUUUAUAAAUUAUA